AUUCUCCCAAAGACACCAGCGAUCAAAAAGAAAGGAAAAAGCAAUAUUAGAAUGCCCGGCUUCGAUUUCUCCAACCACACCCGUAAUGCGGCGCUACACGCUAAGGGCAUGCCUUUGCCCAAAGCUACUUCUACGGGGACCACCAUCGUGGGAUGUAUUUUUGAUGGGGGGGUUGUCAUAGCUGCUGGUUUGUGCUAUUCAUGCCCUGUUGGAAGGGGCUGUUGCUGGGUGAGGGGAAGGAGAGGAGGUCACUAAUCAUUGGAACCGUGGGAUAAAGACACAAGAGCUACCAGCGGUCCUAUCGUCGCCGAUAAGAACUGUGAAAAACUGCAUUUUAUUUCUCCCCAGAUUUGGUGUGCUGGUGUGUUCUCGCCCCUCUAUCUACCUAUUAUAUCCCUAUCGUCAAGAAGCUAAGAUCCUCCCUAGGAGCCGGAACUGCUGCGGAGUAAACCCCUCUUCACACACCCCCCUCCCUCCCUCUGCUCCCAACCCAGCUAAUGCAACACCACCCGCCCACAGCACAGAGUUCACAACAGCUCUAAUCUCCUCUCAGCUCGAACUCCACGGCCUAAGCACGGGCCGCAAACCUCGCGUCGUGACCUGCAUGACCCUCCUAAAGCAGCACCUCUUCCGCUACCAGGGGCACAUUGGCGCAUACCUCGUCGUCGCAGGCGUAGACCCGACAGGUACCCACCUCUUCACCGUCCACGCCCACGGGUCCACCGAUAAGCUGCCGUAUGUCACCAUGGGCUCUGGCUCCCUCGCCGCGAUGGCGGUCUUCGAGACAAAGUGGGGGAAGCACCUGACCAAGGAGAAAGCGGUUGAUCUUUGCUCUGAGGCCAUCCUAGCGGGUAUUUUCAACGAUUUGGGGUCUGGAAGCAAUGUCGAUGUUUGUGUCAUCACUCCUGAGAAGGUAUGUUUCAUCUUUUUUUUUCUUUUCACCCCUCUCAGUGCAGGGCGCAGGAGGGGAGAGGGGCUGGCUGAUUGAGGGAUGGAUAGGCGACGCUCAUGCGCAAUCAUAUCAUGCCGAAUGAACGUAUGCCCAAGGAGAUGUCGUACAAGUUUGCUCGUGGCACAACCGGAUAUAUCAAGGAGAUGGUUAUUGAGAAGAAGGACUUGAAGAAGUAUGUCACUAUAGUCGACUUGGGCGAUGCUCUGGCUAGUGGGGGUGCGGAAGGAGAUGCUAUGGAGGUGGACGCUUAGAUGGUAAUCUCCGUAGCGUGGGAAUUAGGCUUACUACAGCCCUGAUCCAAUAGAUCAGAGAUAUCUCAGCACCGGUGAACUUUUGUUGUAGCAUUGCGGUCCCAUUCGGUGGGGUAUUACAUCACACCCGUGGAAUUUCGUUCGUAAGCAUGCCGUGGUUUGGGCUGGAACCUCGACAGAGGUAAUCUAAUCAUACUACAGGUACCACGAAAACUCUACCCGCUCAAUGUACACUAUGCAAUGUUUGUCAUCAAAAUGCCACUCAUACAUCUCAUGGCUUGUGAGAAACC